GCUGCGUUGACUCAGCGGCGGCCUCCUAGCCCUCCUCCUUUUCCUCUUGGGUCCGCUCAGGCCUGGCGCUCACUCUGGUUCUCUCAGCCUUUCCUCGCCAGCGCCCCUUCCUUUUCUUCGUCGUCGUCGUCGUCAGUCCCUUAGGCCGGCAGGGAGGGAAGCCGAAGCUGGGAAAAGGGCCAUGACCGUGGAGCAGAAUGUGCUGCAGCAGAGCAACUCCCAGAAGCACCAGCAGAUAUUUCUGAAUCAGCUGAGAGAAAUCACAGGUAUCAAUGACACCCAAGUACUGCAGCAAGCCUUGAAGGAUAGCAAUGGGAACCUAGAAUUAGCAGUAGCCCUCCUAACUGCAAAGAAUGCCAAGAUUCCUCAGCAAGAAGAAACAACAUACUAUCAAACAGCACUUCCUGGUAAUGACAGAUAUAUAAGUGUAGGAAGCCAAGCAGAUACAAAUGUAAUUGAUCUCACAGGAGAUGACAAAGAUGAUCUACAGAGAGCUAUUGCCCUCAGUUUAGAGGAAUCGAACAGGACAUUCAGGGAGACUGGGAUAACAGACGAGGAACAGGCCAUUAGUAG